GCCCUAUCUAUUCGUGAACAAUCUUCACGCGAAAUUUGCCGCAAUCCGAACGGUCGCGCGUGCCCGGUUUCUAUACAAGUUUUGACAGGAGAUAUUUUGCUCCCCAGAUAUGUGAAAAAUGCGAACUAAAAACCCCACUCCAUCCAGAUAUCAUGGCAAGUAUAGAAACUAUACAAAAGAUAACAUUCUAAAGGCUUACUAUGAAGUAAAGAAUCAUAGAUCGUCUCUGCGCAAGGCGGCGAGGGAAUAUGGUGUCCCCUACCAGACAUUGAGGGACAGAGUCUCUGGCAAGGUUGAUCCUGAAGAUUUUGCGAGGGAAACCGUACUUGAGACAGAAGAGGAACUGGGGCUGGUAGAACAUGCGGAACAAUGUGCAAGAUUGGGAUACGGGUAUUCAAAUAUGGAAAUGAAAAAACUUGCCGGCGAACUGGCGUUCAAGAUUGGAAGAAGGAAAAGAGACAAACCCCUAAGUAACUGUUGGCUUUAUGGUUUCUUGGGACGUUGGAGAGAAAGGCUUUCAACACUAAAGCCAUCUGCUCUGGAUUCCAACAGAGCGAAAAAUACAACCCCAGAGGCCGUUAAUUCAGACAUACUUUCACAAUCUUAAGAAUACCAUUGACACCCUACAUCUUGAAAACAGGCCAGACCUGAUAUUUAAUAUGGACGAGACUGGCAUAAGUCCAGAGCACAGACCGCCAAAUAUUAUUGCCCCUUCCAAUGAAAAACCACAUUCAGUAACGUCCCCACGAUCAACAACGACGACCCUCAUAGCAUGUGCCAACGCAGCUGGAAGCAACAUACCUCCCUACUUUGUUUUUAAAGGU